AUGCCGGACAUGACCGCUCAAGAUAGCGACAGCGAUUACGGCUACGACUUCAGUCCCGAGGACGAACUCGACUUGAUCCGGAUCGUUUCGGAAGCGACUGCAAGCUUGCCCGUUUCAAGCUCAUUCGAGCGUUCGUCGGCGAGCGUGCAAACUAGGGUUGCAGCCCUUCCGGCGCAGCCUCGCAGGGGCGAUCGUAGCAACGGCCAUGUCACUUCGACGCAUUCGGACCUUGAUGGGGCCAAGUCGACGAGCGGGAGAACUGUUUCUGCAGAGCCGAGUGCCCGGAGCCCUUCUGUGCCACCAAAAUCUGUCGACGUCGGCGCCGACGUCUGCUACCCCGAUUUGAGUCGGGCGUUGUCUAGUGUUGAAGCGGAGGCUUCUGCUCCCGAAACGGGCGACCAUGACGUCGACGAUCGUCAAUCUCCCUUGCAGAGAUUUCGAUCUUUCCCCAGCAAACUGCUAUCCGUCAGCGACUUGACAUCUGGAGCCUGGUGCGAGCUGCAGUACUGGUACACGCUCACAAGGCUACCGGGCGGACGUCGGACGGUGACGGCUGCCAUGCGCGGAGGCACCAGGAUGCACCAGAAGCUGGAGGACGAGGUCCAUACGUCGGUCGCAAUCGAUGUCCUGAGCAAGGAGGACGCCUUCGCCUUGAGGCUGUGGAACCUCAUACAGGGCCUCAGGACCUUGCGGGAGACGGGACUGACGCGCGAAUUUGAGAUCUGGGGCAUCGUCGAUGACAACUGGGUCAACGGCAUCAUCGACGGACUAAGCUACGACCACCCCAACCCCGAGUUGAAGGAGGAGCUGUCCCGCCAGGAAUCUAGCACCCAAAUGAAGCAAUCCGUCCUGGCAGACUACUUUCCCCCGCAAAAGCCGAGCUCGAGCCGACCGCCGGGUCCGAAGGUGUACCUGACCGAUGUCAAGACGCGCGGCAGCCUGGCGCCCGUAUCCAACACAAUGCUUCGUCCCGCCAAGAUUCAGCUGCUCCUCUACCAUCGCUUCCUCUCCAAUUUGGCUGCCGACAAAGUUGACUUUUUCAAACUCUUCAGAAGGUGCGGAUUGGCGCCGGAUGCUCAAUUCUCCGACGGCUUCCUCGCUCAGAUUGGCGACUUGCAUCAUGAAGUAUUCUACGAUGCCCCGUACAGCUCUGCCGAAGCGGACGGGAUCCUGCUCGCCGAACCAGGCGAAGCCGCCGACAGUCUUGGGCCGGAAUUUUUGGCGCCGGAUGACCUGGUCAAGUACAAGACUCUUCGUGAGCUGCUGCCUCUCGUUCGCCGGGAAAUCAAUAUCACCUUUCCCCAAGGCGCCGCAUCACUAGGCCACAUGCUGCGCGUGCAGUACAUACACCGGGAUGACGGCCGGCAGCUUGACGUGCACGAUUUUCCAGUUUCAAACCAAGCGCUGGAUGUGUACCUGGCAAAUUACAUGGCCUGGUGGCGGGGCGAUCGCAAAGCAACAGGUGUGGAUAUCGAAGAAGCCUUCAAGUGUCGCUCGUGCGAGUUCGCCCCGGACUGCUCAUGGCGACGGUCCAUGGAUGAUGAGCGAGUUGCAUCAGCACGCAGGCGGAUGUCGUCGAGACGGAAGAAUGGCGGCUGA